AGCUGUACAUUUAUUUUUUGAGUCAGUAAUGUUCAAUAUGAUUGUAUCAGUAAAGGCAGCUUCGGUUCGAACCAUUCAAGAGUUGGCUGACGUAUGUGACGAAGAGCCUCUAACGAUCUUCCCAUGCAUGGAAGGGUUUAGGCCCAUAUAAGCUUAUAAAAUCUUGGCGGCGCCAUUCGGUCACAUUCUUCUGGUUAUCUUCGAAAGACUGUUACAGGUGUUAAGUUGGAAUCGAUUUUUCAGUUUUUCCUCUAAUUUUUCUCCGAUUCGUUUUGGUUGCGAGUUUGAACGCGAUUUUCAGCGUCAUUAUGGUUACGGUCAGUCACGUUUUGUUGAAAUUUGCAAGUCUGCUAGUGAUGUUGUCCAGCUCUUCGGCGUUCUGGUUUACAGCUGAAGAACCAAAACCCACAAGUUCCAGAGUUCUCUACUCACAGGACUACUACAGACAGUACGUUCCUCCUCCUCUGCCCUACACAAUACCGCUACAAGUGCCGCUUCCUGCUCAACUCUCACCAGCUGCGGUCCAGAAUGUUCAACUAGUCCCCUGUUUAUGCCCAGUGAAUCAGGAGUACUCGUACGAGAACUCGCCCGAGUACGCUACCAGAAAGCUUCAACCUCCAGCUCAGCAGAGGCGGAAGUAAAUGUAGGCUGCUGCCGUCUCAUUUUGUACAAAUUUAUUCAAAAAAGUUGAGUUAAAUUUAAUUACCUAUUAGUGCCGAAGCCCAACUAGCUUAAUCUUGCCCAGUAUAAGCUUUGAAGAGUUUAGAAGAAUUAUUUAUAAUAAAUGCUUGUUUGUUCAUCAUGAGCCGAAUUCUCGGUUCAACCGGCAUUAAAGAGUUGGGAGUUUUCUAAACCACCUCAAUCUGCAAGAAAUUUUGUCGAUCUGUUUAGUGGCGGAUAUAAACGACGUGCGCGUUUGCUCCAACAUUUCCAAAAAUCCCGGGAAUUUUCAGCUUCCAUUGGAAUUUUGCUUCACUGUUUUGUAGAACUUUCCUGAUCGUAAGUUAAAUUUUAAUAACAAAAAUUCGAUUUUUUAAGUUGGCUAGCAAAAUUAUGAGAAAAACGAACUUUUAGUCCUAAACACCGUGCUAUAAAUCCUUAUACUUUUAAGCAUUUUUUUCUUAUAACGGCUUUAAGAUUACGCCUCUUAAAUAUAUUGAAACGGUAUUGUUCAAGACAGUUCUUCAAGGAGUAAACAGCUAAUCGUACGUUCAAUGUAUAAUAGAAUAAUUGUACUCAGAACGCAGUUUUUAAUUAUUUCAUAGGUUACUACGGGUAUUAAGAAGUAUUUUGUAAUGGAAAAGUUUUGUAUUAAGUAAAGUACAAAAUAUUCUUAAGUUGGACUGUAAUUUCUAAUGGUGCUUAAUUGUUUAAUUAAAUUUUAAUAUAAUUGAUUAGAAUUAAGCAUAUUUAUUUAUUGAUAAUAAAGACUGAGAGUUAAACUGGACGAAAACGGUUUGUAAUUUAAUAGUCUUUUAAAAAAAAUUAGGUUCAACAAACCUACAUGCAAAAUUCUACGUACGGGAAGGGGAUUCUUUGGUAAUUUUACCUGCACCUUCCUGCUUAAUUCUUUUCUCAACCAGUGAGUUUUCAGUUCCACCAAGUUCAAAUUUGGUGUAUGCGGACAGCUAUAGAAAUUUCUGAAUUGAGAACUUGAGAUGCAGGAUCAGAAUGAACAAACGGACUGAAAACUGUUUAAACAGCAAAAACAGCUUCCUGUUUUGAAAGUUACAAAAAAUAUAUAUCGAGUGAAAAACGCCCAAGAAAAUAACACCACAUCCAAGGCAAAUAAAGCUCAUUUUCAAUGCGCCAGUUAUUUUUCUAUUAUUUCAAUUAAAAAGACUCGUAUCACAAAUUAACGUACAGUUUAACACUUAAGGUACAAGGGAAAAACAGUACUUGAAAUUUGCCGUUAUUUCUGUUUUUUUAUUAUUUGCUGCCAGCCUUUUUCCUAAUGUAUUUAUGAUGUGUAGUAAUAGUGUUAAUUUGUUCAUUGCCUACAUUCCUACUCAUUCCAUUCUUCAGCGCCUACAUUCCUACUUUUUGUGUCUUGGGUUGUAGUAGGUAGGGUUGGGUGACACUGUAUUGCGCUUCGCUUUUCACUUGAUGCCGCUCUGUGAGUUAUAACUCAUGGCGCCUCA